CCACUCGCAUUUGCAUCAAAAUUUUAUGCUUCCACUUUGUCUUAAACCUUCUCCUCCCACCCUCCACCUUGUUCUGUUCCAAACAACAUAUCUUCUUAACCAUGAAAACGAUCGCUUAAUUUAUGGUUUCCCAAUUGAAAAGUACAGAAGAACAACAAGAUUUGAUUGAUUGAGAGAGGAAGAUAAGGUUGAAGACCUUUCGAGGAUGGUUUCUUUGAGUCGAGUCUUGGCGGUUUCCUAUACGAUAAAGCCAUCCAUUCCCUGCAACACUUGUUCUUUAAGCUCUAGAUUUCCUCAAAAGAAACCCAAACUGAAUUCGAAAUGGCGAUCCAUGGCGACUGAACCUGACUCUUCUUCCUUCGCACCUUCUAUUGAUUCUGAUUCUUCCGCUGAUAAAGUUACAGCCGGAUUUUGCAUCAUAGAAGGGCCUGAAACAGUCCAGGAUUUUGCUAAUAUGGAAUUGCAAGAAAUUCGGGAUAAUAUCCGAAGCCGGCGAAACAAAGUGUUUCUGCAAAUGGAAGAGGUUCGGAGGCUAAGGAUACAACAACGCAUUAAAAGUGCUGAACUUGGCAUUUUAAAGGAAGAGCGAGAAAUAGAACUUCCUAAUUUUCCAUCAUUCAUCCCAUUCUUGCCUCCAUUGACCUCAGCAAAUCUGAAGGUUUAUUACGCAACUUGUUAUUCUCUUAUUGCUGGGAUUAUCCUUUUUGGUGGACUUAUAGCACCCACUCUGGAGCUUAAGUUAGGACUAGGGGGCACUACAUACGCAGAUUUCAUCAGUAGUAUGCACCUGCCAAUGCAAUUGAGUCAGGUUGAUCCUAUAGUGGCAUCAUUCUCUGGAGGAGCUGUCGGUGUUAUUUCAGCCUUGAUGGUAGUUGAAAUAAACAAUGUUAAACAGCAGGAGCAUAAACGAUGCAAGUAUUGUCUUGGAACGGGAUAUCUUGCUUGUGCUCGCUGCUCAAAUACUGGAUCACUUGUUCUUAUUGAACCUGUCUCAACAGGUAAUGGUGGAGACCUACCUUUAUCAACUCCCAAAACAGAAAGAUGUUCAAACUGUUCAGGUUCUGGAAAGGUCAUGUGCCCUACAUGUCUCUGCACUGGAAUGGCAAUGGCUAGUGAACAUGACCCACGAAUUGACCCAUUUGAUUAGAGGUGCAUUAUCACCCGCUUACUCUUUGUAUGGAAAUGUAGAGCUAUUGUUGAUAAGAUAACCAGUCUUUUUAUAUAUACAAAAAUAUCCAAGCACAUUGAAAUGAAUGUUAGUGAGAUAAUAAUACCUACUUUUGAAAUCAUUUAGCCA